CUCUCGUUGAUCAAGCCUUUAGCAUGGCGCUGGGCUAUGAACCUGUCAGCCUUGACCAGCAUAUCACUGCCGCAACUCAGCAGUAUUGCCAGGAUCCCUUCGUACCCACUCCCGCUUUAUCUUGCCACGUCUUACCCGUCUUUCAUCGACUCCAGAGACAACCCUCCCCAUAUUCAACCUGUUCACAUCUUUGUAACGAGCAUCCCCUUCCAUUUGAGAGGCAGCAGUUCAAUGGAAUCUAUUCGUACCAGUCGUAAAUCAGAAGCAGAAGGCAUGGUCGACAGAGAUUUUUUACCAGUUUCUGAGAUCAACCAACUUCUUGUGAAACCGAGUUCAUCAUUUGGCAAACUUGACAAGAUAUUCAAAAAUUAUCUCAGGGUAUAUGCUACGCUAGCACUGAUUGAUUCCGACAGCCGGUCGAAAGAAAAAAGCCCGCUCCGUUCUGCAUCACUCUGGACGACAAAGGCGAGCACAGAUCUCAACAUCGCUGCAGUAAAUAAACACGGAGCUGAGAAUCCUGGUGAACGGGUUCCUUCAUCGAACCCUGUGCGAGACAGUAUUGUCCGCCACAAGCCUCCGACCAUGACUGCCCAAUAUGGCUCGUUCCAUAAUAUCCCCCCUCCUCCAGCAGGUGCAUAUUCAAAUAUACACCGCGAACGCCAGCUGAAUCGGACAGGGACGCGUGACAUAAUUGAACGUCGCUGUGGUCUCAAGUUGAAGGUCAACGGAAAAGCGACGGAUGGUUUCGGAGACACAGGAUCAUCGCACACCAUCGUCGACGAAGCCUUCGCAAAGAAGCACAAUCUCCGAACAAUCAACCACGAAGUCAACAUGACCAUGGGCAACGGCGGGGUCCUCCAAUCUUCUGCCUACGCAGAAGUCAACGUCGGUUUCGCCGGGGAGAAAACACCCCCUUCCAAAGUCAUCGCCCGCGUCGUCAAAAACUUCCCAUUCGACAUACUCUUGUCCCGCAGCUUCCUCCAAGCCACCCACACCUUGCAACGCUUCCAACACCGCUUCACAAAGUGCAUCUUCCCACGCCUCACCGCGGCCUUCGCAAUGAACUUUCUAUCCGGCGAACGUCACCAGGAGCGGUUCCACGGUACAUUCAACUCGAACGUCGACUUCGCAGCCGUCCUAGACACAGGCUCAAACUGCAACGCCAUGAGCCUGGCAUGGGCGCGCCGCCACGGCCUCAGAAUCCACACAAACGAUAAGUACCGCGGCUGGAUCUCCUUGCCGUCGAACCAGCGCGUGCCCACUGUAGGCCGCGUGUUCGUGAACAUGGAUCUCGACGACGCCAGCAUCCCGCUCGAAUUCCAGGUCCUCGAACACGCCGCCGUGCCCGUGGUCCUGGGCGACGACGUCGUCCUCGACUACGACCUCUUAUCGCUGGAUUCGAAUUCUCGCUCUUCCUCUUCCUCUACCCCGACUGACCAUGACGAUGUCCUGCACAUGGGCUACGAACCAUGGUACAUAGACAUGGUCGACAAAGCAAAACGCAUCUUCGCGGACCAGUCUCGAACCCAACCCAACAGCGCCGCACCAACUGUAGACCCAAACGAGUACGAGCGCCGCUGGAAGUGGAAUAAGCGGUUCCAGUACGGCAGGACGGCGUCGGCGGCCGAGUGGGUGUCCGAGUACACGCGGCGCGAGACGCACGAGAGAGCUGUGCGUCCGGGUGCUGAUGGUGAUGAUGCCGUGUUUAGUGUGCGGCUUGUGAGGGACGUGUCGACGGAGCUGUUGGAGCGGAUUGGCCAGGACAACUUUCGCUCGCAGACAUAA